AUGAGGGAGAUGCAACAGGGUAGCCAACAUAUCAGCAGUAACCGUCACACUGAAAUUGUAGACGGUGGUGGUGAAAUACGACGGAUAACGUCUAGGACUGCACUGCAUACUCGCGUAGAACAUUCUCACAGCUUCAGGGCACUGAUCAAGGAGUCGAUUCUGAAGCAGAGAACUCCACUCAAGGUCAUUGAUAUAUCCAUUAACCCUCAGUCUAUACCGAUUGAAGGUGGUAGGAGGGAUGAGGAAAUUAGUGAUUUGCUCGAACAGAAGCUUAGGGAUUUUAGGCAGUCGCUGAAAAACGAAAGGCGCCACUAUUUUGCUGAACUGGAAUCACACGAGCGACAAAGAGAGUCUGCUAGGGUGGAGAUUAGGCUUAUGCCCACAACCCGAGUGAGCGGCGCUAGCAGAGGAUUUCGAAUGAGGGGACUGAACAGGCAGGAAUCUCACGAAAGGCUAGGAGAUGGACAGGAGAGUGAGCUGGGCUUAGGCCCACAAGGCCUGGUGAGGGGCUUAGAGAAUGAAGGCCGAGGACACACAUUGAAUGUGUUUAAGAAGGCUUAG